UUGGUCUGCAGUAAAGAAAUAGAGGUGGAGUCUGCCUCCUGGCACUUUUCAUCAUAUUAUAAAGUGGGCUGAAGGUUAACAUUGCUUUCCAAAGGAUGAAUGCAACCUAGACUCUGAACAGCACUGAGAAAGAGUUCUGUGCAGCUGCAGAAAUGGCAAGGCAGGUGUUGCCACGGUCAAGGAAAAACAGCAUUUCCGCAGCCUUUACUGGAGGAUUUAGACUAAUCCGGACACUGAAAAGCACACAUAAUGAGCAGUUUCUUUUAAAGGGGCACCCACGUUCUGUGGCAACAUUCUGUUGUGCUAACAUGGAGUAGAAAUUAUCUUGUGAGAAGGAUUUAAGGGUUAGACAACAAUUUUAAGGCACUUGGAUUACUUCUGGCCAGUACAAGAUCAAUGCAUUAUAAAAUGAAUGGCACACAUCACUAUGGACUGCUUCAGUCUCUGCACUUCAGAAACUAUAGCUUUGGCUUCCACAACAGUAUUAAUGAGUCAAGGGAAAAAGCAUCAUCCUCUGGAGGAUGUUAUGAACAGCUCUUUAUUUCAUCAGAGGUAUUUUUGACCUUGGGGAUAGUAAGCCUGCUAGAAAACAUUUUGGUCAUUGUGGCAAUUGCAAAGAAUAAGAAUUUGCACUCUCCCAUGUACUUUUUCAUCUGUAGUUUGGCAGUAGCGGAUAUGCUGGUAGGAGUGACUAAUGCCACCGAAACCAUUGUAAUGACAUUGCUCAACAACACAGACAUCACUGUAAAGAACUUCAUGGACAAUGUGCUUGAUUCUGUGAUUUGCAGCUCCCUUCUUGCCUCUAUUUGCAGCCUGCUUACUAUUGCAGUUGACCGGUAUAUUACCAUUUUUUAUGCAUUACGAUACCACAAUAUUGUAACAGUGAAAAGGGCCGUGGCUAUUAUAAUUAGCAUUUGGGUGUUCUGUACGGUUUCAGGUGUUCUCUUUAUUAUUUAUUCUGAAAGCAGAGCUGUUCUUAUCUGCCUUAUUACUAUGUUCUUUACCAUGCUUGCUUUAAUGGCAUCCCUUUAUGUACAUAUGUUCAUGCUUGCUCGACUUCACAUUAAGAGAAUAGCAGCUUUGCCUGGCAAUGGCACAGUCUGUCAAAGUGCCAAUAUGAAAGGGGCUGUUACCUUGACCAUCUUGCUUGGGGUCUUCAUUGUAUGCUGCUCUCCCUUCUUUCUUCAUCUUAUCUUUAAUAUAUCUUGCCCUCGCAACCCCUACUGUGUUUGUUUCAUGUCACAUUUUAACUUAUACCUCAUUCUCAUUAUGUGCAAUUCAGUCAUUGAUCCUCUGAUCUAUGCCUUUCGUAGCCAGGAAUUAAGAAAAACUUUUAAGGAAAUCAUAUGCUGUUUCAGCCUAAUAGGAAUCUGUGAUUUGCCUAGCAAGUAUUAAUCAUGAUAAAACCUAAUAAGGCUUGUGAAGCUCACAGCAGGACUUCAUUCAAAACACUCUAGGGAUUCUUCAUAUAUAACUGUUAUAGAGCAUCUGUAACAUUCUUUUUGUAUAUUUCCUUUCUCUGGUUAUGUCAUGUUGAUUAUAGUAUGCUUAUUAAUUUGACCUAUUACUUAUAAUUCACUGGUAAGCAUAUAUAUGAUAUUCAAACCACUGUAAGAGUUAACUUUUUGGAGUGCAUUGUUUCAGUAUUGUAAUGUUGUAAUAAAAAUGCUGAAACUCUGGUCUCAAGGGUUUAAACACAGAUUACAGAAGUCAGUUUUGCUCAUGAAAAACUAAAUUUAAGGUAAUAUGAUUAAAAAGAACAUGUAUGUUUUUUGUCUACUUUUAUGUAUACAUGUGAUAUUUAAGUCUACAACCAUAAUUAUAUGACACUGUUUUUUAAUAUAACAGUCAAUCAAAUUUUCUUUACUUCUUAAUGCAAACCCUUUUGGUAAUGUUUACAACAACAAUAACAAAAAAUCACUGUGACAGAUUGCUAUGUUGUGGGACUUAAAGCAUGAUAUAUUUUUGUCUCAAGGUCAUUUCGAAUUCUCUGUACCUAAUGUUUAGCUAAUUUUGCCAGUCACACUUUCAUUGUUUAGUACUUCAGUAGGUUAUAUAUGUAAAUAUUUUGCAGAUACUUCAGUUAUUUAUUUGUAAUUCAAAAUAUUUUUGGUCCUUAUUUCUCUGCUGCAACAACAACAACAACAACAAAAAGGCCUUUUACGUUUGGCAUAUUUGCUCCUCCUGAGCCACAGAAUCAGCUAGGGGUGAAGGCAGGGAUAUGAGAUUUUCCUGAAUGCUCCUGAGUCUCUACCGGCUGGAAUGUGGAUUGUGUGACUGAGUAUUUCCCCAGGCACACAAUUCCAGCUACAAUGCAUGCUCACUCCCUGGCAAGUUCACACUACCCAGAGUCCUCAGCUGCAGUCCCAGACGUCUUCUUAGGGGGAGCUGUUGUGAUAGGAUUCUGCAAAUACCCCUCUCCUCUCCUCUCAGGAUGGGUAAGCUGGCAUCAGCAGUUCGCUGCUAUCCUGUUCCAGCUCACUCCUUCAGUGCCUGGAAUGCUAACUGAACCCAGGUCAUUUGCAACUUAGGCCCAAAACCUUUGUGUCUCUGACCCCUCUCACAGUUAUUGCACUAAUGCAUCUUAAAUCAACAAGAAUUUACCAAAAAUUGGAAACAGCACAACAUCACAACACAGAAAAUGUGUGUGAAAAGAUAAACCACUGCACAUAUUAAUCUGUGUCUUAGAUAUGGUAAUAGCAUUCUUCAUUCCUGUUACUUUUCUUUUGAUAAAUACA